GGAUCUAUUGUACGUGUAUUUUAUUACAGGUACUUGCCUCGUCUGUCAAUCCACCUAUAAUAUGACCUAUAUAUAGGUGUAUUGACAGACGAGGCUAGUACCUGUGAUUUUAUAGUUCGCUAGAUAGGGAUCCGAACAUGUAAAAUACAAAACAGUGACCCGGUUAAAAAGGCCUUUGUAUAAACAUACUUCAUACACUGUGUAACUCUCUAGCCUCGUGUAACGAUGUCCCGCCAAUACAAGGACAGCAGACGGAAAAUACUGUGUGCUGGUGUAUUCGCCGGAAUUAUCAUCAUCGUCCUCCUCAUCGUUCUCAUCGUCAUAGCAACAAAAGAUCCCGAUUGUAGUCCAAGUGAGAAGAAAGGUCCAAAAGAUAACACAAUGCCCAUCACAGUAGAAGACUCCUAUGGACAGAUAGAUGGACAGAAUGUUAAAAGGUAUACACUCACCAACAAUAACAACGUGGAAGUGAAGAUCAUAGACUACGGUGGUAUAAUCACCAAGGUGAUGGUGCCGGAUAACCAGGGGGUGCCAGGGGAUAUCGUGCUCGGCUUUGCUGACAUCGAAGGAUACAAGACAAAUGCUCCCUAUCUUGGGGCUCUGAUUGGUCGCUAUGCCAACCGGAUAGCCAAUGGGACGUUUAGUAUAGAUGGCACCACUUACACCCUCGCCAUCAACAAUGGACCAAAUGCUCUUCAUGGCGGAACCAAAGGCUUUGACAAGCGUGUAUGGCAGUCCAGUAUAUCCGAAGGGAAGUUGGUCCUGACUUAUGUGAGUGCAGAUAUGGAAGAAGGCUACCCAGGGGAGGUAACUGCCACCGUCACAUACCAACUUACCAAUACAAAUGAAUUAAUCAUUGACUAUAGUGCUGCCACGACCAAAUCAACGGUCAUCAACCUUACGAAUCACGCCUACUUCAACCUCCAAGGGGAGGGUUCAGGUGAUGUGUUGGAACACUUAGCUCAGGUAAACGCUGACUCGUAUCUACCUGUAGAUGAUACCUCAAUUCCCACAGGUGUAAUUACUCCAGUACAAGGAACAGUGAUGGAUCUGAGGACAAAACGUAAACUUGCUGAUGUCAUCGACCAGGUCCCUGGUGACCAUGGUUACGACCACAACUACUGCUUCGGCAAGACAGGCUGGGUAAAAAACAUGGCCAGGGUUGAAGAUCCAUCAAGUGGACGAUACGUGGAGGCUCACAGUACAGAGCCUGGUAUGCAGUUUUACACAGCCUAUUGGAACAACGUCACUGGCAAGGGAGGUAAACACUACGGCCAGUACAGCGGGUUCUGCUUGGAGACGCAACACUACCCAGAUAGCCCGAACAAGCCCGACUUCCCAACAGUUGUGCUGGCCCCGGGGGAGACGUACAGACAGACAACCACUUACAAGUUUGGCACCUCCAGUUAAUGAAAUGUAGGAGCUAAGUAUUCUAAGCUCAACACAACAGAACAAUUUUACCAAGGAGCUGGACUCUCUGACAAGUACAAAUGGAGGAAGUACCGCCAGGGCCAUGAAUUUCGGUGGAAUAUUUCCGCCACGUAUAAACAACGAACUGCAAGAACUACAGGGAGCCUCUUAGUCGUUCCGAGAUUAUUUCAAGGUUGUGAGGGAGCAAUCCUUCUGUAAUUUUCUCUCGUAGUGAGGGAGCAAUCAUUUUGUAUGCACAAAAUAUUUUGCUAUGUUUUUGUCAAGUCUACCUUUACUAUUUUAUAUCGUUAUUUGAAAAUGUAUAUGGACCUAUUACCAUAACAUACUUUAUUAUAUUAUAGAAGUGUUAUACAGUAUGAUACUCAUUAUCACAUAAAUGUUCAGUAUUUAACUUAUAAAUAUAGAGUUGGUAUGGGUUUAACUACUGAGGGAUGAAACGUAACAUCCCUUUCAUGUUCACUUGUCUCUGUUUCAUCUUUUCAAUGUCAUAACUAAUCCAUGAAGUAGAAAAAUAAUUUAUGCAGCAACCAAGGAACGUAUACAGAAAACAAUGGUUAGCUAGCUUUUACUCCUUCAGUAGCAAAAACAUGCAUUUUAAACUUCACAGGUUUGUGCCAGUAGCUUUAUCCAUUAACUAAGAUAACACAACACUAGGUAUUGAUCGGAAGUGUUUAUGUAAGUCAUUCAUAAAUGGUUAGAUUAGCCAGUAUAAUAAUCGCAAAUGUCUAGAAAAUAUGUACAAUUAAAAUGUUACUAUAAUUGGUAAGAUUUGCAUCACAUGAAUCUUUGUAAACCUCGUUUUUUGAUCGGGUGUCAUACAGGUGCUUUCUCUUGGCAUGGCAGACACAAAUGCCAAUUUAUCAUCACUUUGAUAUAACUUAAGUCACAACUGGGAUUUCUUGGUCUAGCUGAUUUUACUAAUCUUCUGGAAUCGCAAAAUUUGUAUUUUUUAGAAUAUAUACAAGUACCGGUACUUGUUAAAUUGGUGUGUGUGCUGUGGGAGGAUUUUUGAAUGUUUUGAGUAUAGAACAUAAGAAUGUUUUGAAUGUUUAAGAAAGACAUUUAUAAAAUGGAAUAUU